AUGGAGAGGUCACUAGAGUUGGCCAAUGUGACCAGAGUCCAGGAGUUUGUCUUGCUGGGUUUGUCCACAAGGCUGGGCAUAAAGGAUGUCCUGUUUGCCGUCUUCCUGACCCUCUACCUGCUGACCCUCCUGGAAAACACGCUCAUCAUCUACCUCAUCUGCAGACACAUCGAACUCCACAAGCCCAUGUAUUUCUUCCUGGGCAACCUGAGCUGCCUGGAGAUGUGCUACGUGUCUGUGACCAUGCCCAGCCUGCUCGUGGGGCUGUGGACUGGACAUUGCCAUGUGCCUUUCACAGCCUGCAUGACACAACUUUUCUUCUUCAUUUCCCUCAUCUGCACGGAGUGCACCCUCCUGGCCUCCAUGGCCUAUGACCGUUACGUGGCCAUCUGCCGCCCACUCCACUACCCACUGCUCAUGCGGCCCCAGGUCUGCCUGGGCUUAGCCUUGUCCUCAUGGCUUGGGGGGCUGCUGGUCUCGGUGGCCAAGACAUCAUGCAUCGCCAGCCUGUCCUACUGUGGCCCCAAUGUCCUCAACCACUUCUUCUGUGAUGUCUCCCCUCUGCUCAACCUGUCUUGCACCCAUGUGGCCCUGACGGAGCUGGUGGACUUCAUCUCUGCCAUCGUCAUCCUCUGGGGUUCCCUCCUUGUGGCCAUUGCCUCCUAUGUGGCCAUCGGGAGAGCUGUGCUCCGCAUGCCAUCAGCCGCCGCCCGCCGCAAAGCCCUCUCCACUUGCGCCUCCCACCUGGCAGUGGUGGGCAUCUUCUAUGCAGCCACUCUCUUCAUCUACGCCCGUCCCAGUCGCAUAGAAGCCAUGGACCUCAACAAGGUGCUGUCUGUCAUCUACACGGUGGUCACGCCCAUGUGCAACCCCGUCAUCUACUGCCUGCGGAACAGGGAGGUCCAGGCAGCAUUCCACAGAACCUUGCAGCAGUCCCGAAGCUGA